AUGCUGCUUCGAAAGUUAGAUAAAAUUCCACAAACUAUUGAGCGUAGACAGAGUGCGAUAGCAAGAAUGGAAAAUAGAUGUGCUCAAGCACGCGACACACUCACUAAAACUAUCGAUAACAUCAAUGUUAUCCAACCUAAUGCUAAAAUUGCCGAUGAACAAGCAAUGACAUCAGCUAGAUUGGAAUAUGAAGCUCAAAUAAUUCUUGAUUAUAGCGCUCAAAAAGUUGAAGCAGCAAGAUCUUUAGUUGAUUUAUUGGAUCAAGCAGAGCAAGAAAUUCUUGGCGAAAUAAAGCUUAUGGAGUCUUUCUUGGCAACUAAAAAGACAUUCGAUCAGAAUCCUCUUGCAGAAGAUUACGUUGAAAAACUCAAAAGUCGCAUUCAAAAUUCCACUGCAGCAAAUGAUGGAGAGCACUAUUGCCUUUGUAGAGGUCUUAAUGUUGGCCAAAUGGUUCAAUGUGACAAUCCAAAGUGCCCAUUCGAGUGGUUCCAUGUUGAAUGCGUUGGAAUCACCAACCGAUCAGAAAACUCGUGGCUAUGUCCAUACUGCUCUCAGUUAUUGAAAAAUACGACAACUGAUGAAAAUCGUAUUAAUCCUGAAUAA